CCCUCCCCAGAUCAGCCUACUUCCCUCCCUAUAAAAAGCCCCUUGUUCGAUCCUAUUCGAAUCAUCACUUGGAAUAUUAACCUUCCUAGACAUUCUUGAGACUCGAAACUCGACUGUUCAGCUAUGGCGGUUCACCCAAGUUCAUUCCUCCUCUUGCUCGUUGGCUUGUCUUUGAUCAGUGGAAAUGGGGUGGUCGCUUCUCGCCGCCUUUUAGACACCGAGCUGCCCAAGAUACCUGAAUUGCCCAAGCCUGAGAUUCCGUCUAUUCCGGCCAUGCCCAAACCUGAAAUCCCUACUUUGCCAAAGCCUGAAAUCCCGACCUUGCCAAAGCCUGAAAUCCCGUCCCUGCCCAAACUUGAGAUCCCAACCAUUCCAAAGCCUGAGCUGCCAAAGAUGCCUGAGCUGCCUAAGAUGCCUGAGCUGCCAAAGAUGCCUGAGCUGCCUAAGCCGGAACUGCCGCAUUUCCCGGAAAUCCCGAAGGAAAUUCCUGUCCCUCCUCUUCACUGAACUAGUCCUUGAAUUACGCUUUUAUGAUGAGUAAAAUAAGCCCCCCUUGGAUGGGGGUUUAAUACGCUAUAUGGGGAUCUAGGGAUUCUUCAGUUACGAAUUUAUUUUCCAUACAUACAGUGUGAUUGGUCUUGUUCUGUUGUGAGGCUUGUUGCCGAUGUACUAGUAUCGCUGUUCGUAUAUGUUCAUUUGAAUGAUAUAUUCACUCAUACUUUUAUAUAGAAGUUUCUCAAAUAUCGAGAGACCACAGUUCUUCGUGA